AUGUCAAAGCUUCAAGUGCACCAACUGAACCAACUAAGAGAGAUAUUUGGUCGAUUUGACAUGGAUUCGGAUGGGAGUUUAACGAUGUUGGAGCUAGCAGCGUUUCUGAGGGCUCUGGGGCUGAAGCCUUCGGGGGACCAAGUCCAAGCCAUGUUGGGCAACAUGGACACAAACGGAAAUGGGAAAGUGGAGUUUGAGGAGUUGGUGAGGGUCAUUUUGCCUGACAUAAACGCAGAGGUUUUGGUGAACCAGGAACAGCUCCUUGGGGUGUUCAAGUGCUUCGAUCGUGACGGCAAUGGUUUCAUAUCGGCGGCGGAAUUGGCCGGGGCCAUGGCGAAAAUGGGGCAGCCUCUCACGUACCGAGAGCUCACGGAGAUGAUCAGAGAGGCUGACACCGAUGGCGAUGGCGUUAUUAGCUUCAUAGAGUUUGCCUCCAUCAUGGCUCGCUCUGCUUCUGAUUUUCUUGGCCUCUCCUUCUGCUGA